AUGGGAGAGCCAGUGUUCAGCUUUGAAAGUUAUGUCUCAAACAAGUUGGGCCUGCACGAAGAAGAUGAAGUCUACUGCAUCCCGUAUCAGACAAACUCCUGCAAGGACCCAAACUGUUCCAAGCAACAUGUCAAGCUGAGCACGGCUGUUGUCUGUAAGCAUUGGCUCCGAGGAUUGUGUAAAAAGGGAAUCAAAUGUGAGUUUAUGCACGAAUAUGAUCUCUCAAGAAUGCCAGAGUGCUAUUUUUUCAGUAGCUAUGGAGAAUGUAUGAAUCCAGAGUGUAACUACAUACACAUAGAUCCAAACAGCUCUUCAAAGGAAUGUCCAUGGUAUAACCGUGGGUUCUGUAGGAACGGGGCUUCAUGCAAGAAUAAGCAUGUAAGAAAGAAGCUAUGCUAUAACUACUUUCUUGGGUUUUGCCCAAGGGGGCCAACCUGCGACUAUGGACAUCCUAAGUUCAAUAUUAACCCAGCCCGUGAAAUAUCUCGUUCAGACAUCAUUCAGAAGCCUUCAAAUCUGGCAAGUUCAUAA